GAAUCAACCCGGUCUCGGAGCCCCCUCUGUGUCCCAGGCUCCCAUCCCGAUGUGCUGCUGGAAGGAGCCUGCUGUUCCCUCGCUUCCCUGGGCGCUGAUCUCUCCAUUGCGGUCUGUUUCAAACAAACCUCUUGCACUCACUGAGUAAAUGCUCCUCAAUGGCAGCGCUGGGGGAGGGCCUCACGCAUGCGCUCCUCUGCUCAGGAAUAGUCAGCUUUGGGGGGAAAAGGUUCGGUCCCAGACACAGUUGGGGCGGGAGUGAGCUGGAGGCGGAGCUUGAUGAUCAAAGCCAUUUCCCUGCUCUGUCUGUCACUCAGUUUCCUCUCCGGAGCCGCCUCUCACUCUCUGUCAGCUCUUUCUCAGCCAGGUCGGGCCGGGUUGUAUAAAAAAGGAAGGGGAGGCAGCUCGGCUCUCAUUUGGCAGCGAUUGGAGUGAAGAAGCGUGAUGUCUGGAAGAGGUAAAGGAGGCAAGGGCCUGGGAAAAGGCGGAGCGAAGCGGCACCGCAAAGUGCUCCGUGAUAACAUCCAGGGCAUCACGAAACCAGCCAUCCGGCGCCUGGCUCGCCGUGGCGGGGUCAAGCGCAUCUCGGGCUUGAUCUACGAGGAGACCCGCGGGGUGCUGAAGGUUUUCCUGGAGAAUGUGAUCAGGGAUGCGGUCACCUACACUGAGCACGCCAAGCGCAAGACAGUCACCGCCAUGGAUGUGGUGUACGCUCUGAAACGCCAGGGCCGCACUCUCUAUGGUUUCGGCGGCUGAGGAAAACGCGACUCUUCCAACAAACCCAAAGGCUCUUUUAAGAGCCACCCAAACCUUCAGAAGAGAGCGGAGACUUGAGGACCGGGGAGGCAGCGCAUACUGAGGGGAUUGUUACUAUAGGCCGUUAUUUCCCGUUUAUCGCGAUUUUUAAAAUUUAUUUCCGUUCCGAAAAUAUACUAAUACCGUGUUCUGCAGAGACCAUUCAGAGUGGACGAU